AUGUGCCAGAAUCCACUUGUGGCUAGACUUGUGUUUGGUUUCUCUUUCUACUCCAAUAUAGAUGCCCAAACCUGUCCUGCAACCUCUGUCCUCACUGAUACAGAUUUCGGCCCAGCCAAAAUUUCACCAAAAACACCCUGGGAAGAUAGGUACCAAGCAGCUUGCAAAGAGUUUGGAUUCUGUUGCCUUCUUGUUUUUUCUUUUUCCUUUUCCAACAUCAUUAAGAAACAGGGACAGUUUAUUGAACAGAUAUCAUUUAAACAUUCUAUUCUAAGUGAUUAUAAUGCAUUGUGGAGAGUGUGGCAGGUGGGGGUGGGGAGAGGAGAGCCCUACUAA